AUGGGCAUCUCGGAGAGUGCAAACGAGCUGGCAAUCAGAUUCAAAACAAGGAGGCAAGACGUCAUCCAAUUGGCGCAGCGAUCGCUCCAAGCAGCUCAGGAGCAGCAGAAACGAUACUACGAUCGCAAGCGACGCGACGAGAGUUUAGAUAUUGGAGAAUGGGGACUGCUGAACUCGAAGAACAUCACAAUUCAUCACGCUGUGCGAGAACAAGACAACAGCUGCAAGAAACUUGUAGACAGAUACAUCGGACCGUUCAAGAUUCUCAAGAGGCUGUCGGACCUCGUGUACCGAUUGGAGUUGCCAGAAUCCAUGCAAUUCAUGAACGGAGUGUUCAACGUGGAACAACUGGAGUAG